GAUCGUCAGUUUGUGGAGUGUCGAUAUCAGCAAACGCCACAAAAUGUGAAAGAGAAAAUGCAAAAAUGUGAGACGCAGGCAAUUCUGUACGGAUUAAUCUUAAUAUUAAUUCUACAAAAUAUGGCAAUCGAGGCUGCAGAUAAAGAUGCCACUUUAACUGAUACAACAGUCGAAAAUCUUUACAAACAAUACUGCAGCGGCAAACGUCCAAUCUGGAAUAACUGCUCACAAAUAAAACCAAAAUCUCUUGCCAAAGUGGGCAAAAAUAAUGUCGUGGCUUUCAACCAGAGGAAUAAUAAAAGGCAAAAAAGCGGUGUCGCAAAAAUGACGACUACCAGUUUGAGAAAAAGGACGGUAGUAUCAAAAAAGGUGCGCCAGCAGCAAAGGAGGCGCCGCACCACCAUGAGCCAGAACCAGUUCGGCAACGGCGGAGGACGCUUGCGGGGACCAACGACAGCGAAUGUUCCCAUAGGAGGUGGGAUGCGGCGACGACGCACGAGUGCAGUAUGGAACAUGAUUUCAAGCACGUCGUCCUAUUAUCAGACGACACCAACACCACCAAAAACGCAGCAAGUGACCUUCGCAGCUAAAACCACCUUUAAUUUGAUCUUCAAAAAACCGCUGAGAACGCCAAAGAUGAAACGGACGCAAUGGAACAAAAUCAUUAACAAUGUUGCCGACAAGCAUGGCGGUGGCAGCGACAAUCAGGAUGAAACUACUAACGACGGAAGGGAUACUGAAUCAACACCUUCAAACCGCGAAGACGUUGAAGUCGAUGUCACGAGCAGCUCCACUGAGCCGGAUAAAGGGGGAUCGUCGGGCAUCAACUUCUCGGACGAGGAUGCACUAUCUGGGGUGAGCAACAUUUUGGAGUUUUACGGGGUGGAAGCGCUGGUCAACAUUACAAUGGUAGCUAAUUCUGCUGGGGCGAGUACCGCGGCCGAAGCGACCAUGAGCGAGGACGCCAAAAUGAGGCAGCAAGAAGAUACGACAAAGUCGUCCAACGACGGCGAAGAAAGCACCAACAGCAGAAAGAGUUCGGGGGGUAAUCCGGCAGCUGAAGAGCAAUCCGACGAUGAUGAAGAGUACAGUGAAGAUGGAGGAGAUGAUGAAGAGUACAGUGAAGACGGAGAAGGUGAUUACAAAGGAGGGAAAGGAGAAGGACCGCCACCAUCAAGUAACAAAGGCUCUUCCAAUGCAGAUGGUGAACAGAGAGAAAAGGUAGAUGUAACAACUGAACGACAAAAUAAUGACGAUGGCGUCGCAUUAACCACACUAAAAACUACAAUGUUGCCAUCGAGCAAACGCAGCGAUGCGGAAAUGGAAACAGCACCAAAAACUACUACCAUUAGAGUUACAGACCCACAAGAUGAGCCUAGUGAAAUUCCCAAGACGACAGAAACCCUCCCAACAACGAAUCGAAUGCCUGACGCAGGAAGUGAGGCACAAAUUGAAAGUACUAAUCAGAAGCAAGCGACAAGUGCUGUUGCAAAAGACGAUGAAACUACUAGAAGUCCAUCCAAUGCAGCACAGGCAGAAGAAGAAAAUGAAAAGCAGGUGAAGACCACCCCUGAAAAUGUAUCAAGCUCGCUUGAAGGAAGUACAACCUCAGCUGAAAAGUCGUCGGGCUCAGAGGAAAAUAAUGGAAGGGAGGUCACAACCGAUUUGGCGUCAGGUGGUACAUCUGCUUCCCAAGAUGAAGAAUCAAACACAGCAGAUGAUGAGGAAGACGGUGAAGAAGACACUGGGGGCAAUGAAGAAGACACUGGGGACGAUGAAGGGGAUUAAUUUGGCUCAUCCAACUUGAUCUAGCAACAUUUCAUUCGCAAAUUCAAAUUAAUGGUUUUAAUAUUUAAGAAAAAAAUGAUAGAGCCGAUUAAAUUCUUCAAUUAUUCAUGGUCAGAUUAAAUAAAUAAAUUUUCACACGAUA